CUAAUUUGAACGUUUUAUGUAAAUACACAAAGUUGACGAAGAUUAAUAAUAGUGUUUGGCGAGGAGAGCAUGAGAUCGUGUGCGUUUUGAUUGACUGUUGGAUUUCCUUUCAUUUCACCAGCCUGAAACUCAAUGACACUAUGGCUGCCAUCCGUAAGAAACUCGUCAUAGUGGGUGAUGGAGCCUGUGGAAAGACCUGUUUGCUGAUUGUUUUCAGUAAAGACCAGUUUCCUGAAGUCUAUGUGCCCACAGUGUUUGAAAACUAUGUAGCAGACAUUGAGGUUGAUGGAAAGCAGGUAGAACUUGCUUUAUGGGAUACUGCUGGACAGGAGGACUACGAUCGGUUAAGACCACUCUCCUACCCUGAUACAGAUGUCAUUCUUAUGUGCUUUUCCGUUGACAGUCCUGAUAGCUUGGAGAAUAUUCCAGAAAAGUGGACACCAGAGGUGAAGCACUUUUGUCCGAAUGUACCCAUCAUCCUCGUGGGUAACAAAAAGGAUCUCCGAAAUGAUGAGCACACACGAAGGGAACUUGCCAAAAUGAAACAGGAGCCCGUAAAGCCUGAAGAAGGGCGAGACAUGGCCAACAGAAUCAACGCCUUUGGUUAUUUAGAGUGCUCAGCCAAGACAAAAGACGGAGUGAGAGAAGUGUUUGAGAUGGCCACCAGAGCUGCACUGCAAGCAAGGAAACGUGGCAAAAAGAGCGGCUGUCUGCUGUUAUAGAAACCUGUAGCGGAGAGGAUAUCACUUAAUGGCCCAGGAGACUUAAAAGCAGGGAGGGGAGGGAUGGAUUGGAUUGGAAAAGCCUAACAUUCAUGUUCCAGUACAGUUGGCAUAAAGGACUGAUACUGGGACAACGUGUCAGACUAACCACAAGAGACCAAUGGAAAGACUUUGGGAACCGUUGGGAAUAGGAUGAUGUUAUUUCCUGUUAUCACAAAGUUUGGGGUUAAGAGAUUUCUGGUAAUAUCAAGCAAAAAUGUUCAGAUAAAGUUUGUAAAUGGACUCUGUACCCUAGGAUAAUUUGAUGUUGAGUUAUUUUUCCUUUACUUUUUAGCCCCAAACUGUUACAUGCCAGUAUAAAAAAUGUUCUCCAAGCAUCUCUUUUAGGUUUACCUUACUGUCUUUAACGACUGUUUUACGUGUUGGACAGAUUGGAUGUAUGUAUGUAUGUGUGUUUGUAUAUGUAAGAAUAUGAAUGUUUGUGUACAUGAGUGCACGUCCAGGUCUUUUCUUUGUACAUGAGUGUAUCUGGCCAGCUUUUUUCUGUUUUGAAUAUUUGGUGCUCAAUUAAAGCAAACAGGCUGAAAAUUAAAA